AAUGGAGAGCCUGCUUGGGUAUAUGUAGUAAAGUAGUUUGCUUUUUUGUUUGUUUGUUUUUUUUAAGUAACGAGUGAACUGUGCUGCCGGAAUUGUUUUUCCUCAUCCCGUUUUAAUUCAGACUGAUCUGAAACAGCCGUUUAUUGCGAUCUACAGCAUACUUUAUAAGUAUUAUAAACUGUUUGCCGGUGACGGAUUGCGAGAUCAUCAGCCACAGCACGAUUUGCUUUCUUUGACUGUUGUCUGGUAAAUGUAUAUUAGAUGCGUUGGUUUUUGUUUUAUUUUCGAUUUGACGUCACAAGCCUCAGGGACCGUGACACCGAUUUCUUGCGAUCAGAAUAACGCAAUGGCUCCCUCUAUUGAAAAGAGCCUAAACUAGCUGUCUGAGAUAUAGCCUCCUCUAUUCUAGACAAUCUUGUUAUAAUUAUACUCAAGUGUGCUGCCCUCACUUCGUAUCCUAACAUAAAAGACAUCUGAAAUCACACAGGCCCAUACCUGCAAGUGCAAAUAAGAAUAGCAGACGUGUAAAAUCUUGCUUCGACAAAAAGCUGACUAGUGCGACAUGACUAUAUAUAUAUCUUAAUAAUGACUAAUGAUUUAUUUUACCUAUAUUUCUGCGCUAUAACUAGAUUAUAUUUAUUUUUCCACUAUAACUACGUUUUAAACAUCAGAUUACAGUCGUCUUUGCGCAUGCCCAAUUAGAACUGUUUGUAGUUUUUUGGGUUCAUGAACGUGCAAGUAGAACUACAUUUCCCGUCAGCCCGUACUCGAACUGUUUCCGUUCUGAUUGGCUGAUUCCGAAGGUGAAAGUUGAACAGACAUGUUUUUCAAGCCCGCACGGUAAACAUCAUUAAAGUUCACGGCUUUAGUAGUCAGUACAGCUUUGUAAUGGCCUUGUAGUUGUAUAAUUUAAGACCCUUUUGUAUUUAAGCAUUUUAUUUGUUCUGUAUGUUUGGGAUAUAUUCGAGCAGGAGACGCGCUUGUUGUUUUACAGCAGCUAUAUUUUUGGCUGUGUUGGAUAAGACCUGCAGAAUCACAGUGAGAGCUGCGUGAUAGCACCUCUUAGGGAGCUCACAUUAAAGACUGCCAUUUGUUCUGGUUUAGUAUGUUUUUGAUCAAAGCGACGCGAUAAACCAGCAUUUAGUAUGGCAGCGCUACUUUUGCAGCGCGGAAGCAAAUGUUACGACAAACGGGUUUGGUCGCUAUCGUCUCGUUUAAGCUGUUUUCAAACCUGCAGAAAACUCCUGGAGAGCAAUGUGACUUCAUACUCGCCUUUAGUGACUCCAAACAAACGAGGUCUAAAAUCAGGACACAUUCAGAACAUUUUGACAAAGCCUUUAAUCCCGAGGCUUAUUGGACUUGAAUUCCAUUGUCGCCACAAACUGAUCACAAAUCCUGUGAAACUUUGGAAACUAUUAGGCACUACUCACUAUUUCAGCACAUCCAACAGAAGACAUGAAAAGAAAGAAGGUGGAAAAGGGAAGACCCCAGAGGAGGAUGAAGAAGAGAAAAAGAGACGAGAGCAGGAGGACCAGAUGUAUAGGGAACGACUGCGCACACUCUUUAUUAUCGCUGUCAUCAUGAGCUUGCUCAACUCCAUCAACACCAGUGGGGGGAACAUAUCCUGGAAUGAUUUUGUAAAUGAAAUGUUGGCUAAAGGGGAGGUGUCACGAGUACAGGUGGUUCCAGAGAGUGACAUUGUGGAGAUCUACCUUCACCCUGGUGCAGUCAUCUUCGGCAGACCUAGACUUGCCCUGAUGUACCGAAUGCAGGUGGCUAAUAUUGACAAGUUUGAGGAGAAGCUUAGAGCAGCAGAGGAAGAGCUGAAUAUUGAUACCAAAGACAGAAUACCAGUCACCUACAAGCGCACAGGCUUCUUUGGGAAUGCUCUUUAUGCACUCGGUAUGGCUGCCAUUGGGGUUGCAAUUCUCUGGUACAUCUUCCGCCUGGCAGGAAUGGGUGGGAGAGAUGGUGGCUUUAGCGCUUUUAAUCAAUUAAAAAUGGCUAAAUUCACUAUUGUCGAUGGGAAAUCUGGGAAAGGUGUAAGCUUCAAAGAUGUUGCGGGAAUGCACGAGGCCAAGAUGGAAGUCAAAGAGUUUGUGGACUAUCUAAAGAAUCCAGAUAGAUACCUUCAGCUUGGGGCCAAGGUACCUAAGGGCUCUCUGCUCCUGGGGCCCCCUGGCUGUGGUAAAACUCUGCUGGCUAAGGCAGUGGCAACAGAAGCUCAGGUGCCCUUCCUUGCCAUGGCAGGUUCAGAGUUUGUGGAGGUGAUCGGAGGCCUUGGUGCCGCAAGAGUGCGAAGUCUUUUCAAAGAGGCUCGUGCUCGAGCGCCAUGCAUCGUCUACAUCGAUGAGAUUGAUGCUGUGGGGAAGAAACGGUCCACAAACAUGUCUGGUUUCUCAAACACAGAGGAAGAGCAGACCCUUAACCAGCUGCUUGUGGAGAUGGAUGGAAUGGGUACCACAGAUCAUGUGAUUGUCCUGGCCUCCACUAACCGGGCAGACAUUCUGGACAAUGCACUUAUGAGACCAGGCAGACUUGACAGGCACAUAUUUAUAGACCUGCCAACUCUUCAGGAGAGAAAGGAAAUCUUUGAGCAGCACCUGAAGAUCCUGAAGCUUACUCAGCCGGCAGACUUCUACUCCCUGCGUCUGGCAGAGUUGACACCAGGCUUCAGUGGGGCUGACAUCGCCAACAUCUGCAAUGAAGCCGCCCUUCAUGCUGCCAGAGAGGGCUACAAGUCUAUUGACACCUUUAACUUUGAAUAUGCUGUGGAGAGAGUCAUCGCAGGGAGUGUGAAGAAGAGUAACAUCUUAUCUAAAGAAGAGCAGAGGGUGGUGGCUUUUCAUGAGUCUGGUCAUGCUUUAGUGGGAUGGCUACUAGAACACACCGAAGCGGUCAUGAAGGUUUCAAUUGCUCCCAGAACAAAUGCUGCUUUGGGCUUUGCUCAGAUCCUGCCAAAGGAUCAGUAUUUAUUUACUAAAGAGCAGCUGUUUGAGAGGAUGUGUAUGGCUUUGGGUGGACGAGCCUCUGAAGCCAUCACCUUCAAUAAGGUCACCACAGGUGCUCAGGAUGACCUGAGGAAGGUGACCCGCGUGGCCUACUCCAUGGUGAAGCAGUAUGGCAUGGUUGCCAGUGUGGGCCAGGUGUCCUUCCCCGACUCCGAGGAUCAGGGCGGUAUUGGACGGAGACCAUUCAGCCAAGGACUCCAACAGCAGAUGGACCAUGAAGCUAAGAUGCUAAUAGCAAAGGCCUACAGGCACACAGAGAAAUUGCUCUUGGACAACAGAGACAAACUUAUUUUGCUGGCUAAUAACCUGCUGGAGAGGGAGGUGGUCAACUACGAUGACAUUGAGACUUUGCUGGGACCUCCUCCGUUUGGACCCAAAAAGAUGAUUGCCCCUCAAAGCUGGGUGGAGGCAGAAAGAGACAAGCAGGACACUGGUGAAGAUGAGCCACGCAGACCCCAGAGACCCCUCCGCAAAGACAAAGAUGAUGACAUCAACCUGAGUCCAGCGUGAGCUCCACAACACACGCAGUCACAUUCACAUGUGUAAACAGCCUUUAAUGAGUACACGUGGAAGUUCAAGAGUGGAUCGGCUGCCUUUGAGGAUCAGUCUGAUUUUCAAAAUUGUGCUUUUAAGGGAAAAAAAUGCUGUUCUUGCCCUUGAUGUUCCAGCUCCGUUCUGCUCUGAUUGACUGAAAAAUAAUGGCAACGUAUGUGCUUGGUUUAGGCAGAUCAUUGACCAGUAAUUAUAUUUGAAAUGUCUUU